CGCAUUACAAAUAUUCUCCAAACAUACACACAUCUAUACAAACAAGCAAGGAAUUAGAUUUGAAAGGAUGAUAGAAGCACGAAAUGCUAAUUCGAAAAAUCGCUAUCAUAAAAACUUUGAGAAGUCAGUGGAUUCGCGUUUGCCGACACAAUUAAUUAUUCGCGAUUAAGUUUUAUGAAUUGCUUUGGAAAGUGUCAGAAAAAACUAUUUAUUUAGAAAAAAGUUAUUCAUCAUAAUAUCCGUUAAUCGAACACUUCCUUAUACAAUUUGAAUAAUACCGACGGCAAUAGAAUACGUCAAACAACUAAAGUACAUCCAAGAAGUAUAAAACCAAUGGAAAGUGAAAGCUUCAAAGUGAGCAUCAACACCAACUCAAUUGUUGACCAAAGUGGUUGUUGUUGUAAAGGAAAUAAAUCAGCGCACUCAUAAAGGGUUGAAUACCUCAGUGAUGUAAGGUAGUAAUUUCACCGCCAUAUUCGUGUAUGGGUGUGUGCGUGUGAAUUCGUGUACUUGUUAUGAAAGUCAGUUCUCUUAGCAUUUUAUAAGUGGAAAGUGUCAGGACUACUAAUACUUGAACAGUGAAGAGGUGAAACAAAAGAAAGCGGAGAAGCACUUGUUGCCAUUGUAGUAAACAAAAAAUACAACAACUGCAUUUGUGUCCACUUUUCGUAUAUAAAGCCGAGCGUCAACGAAUUCUUAUUACAUUUCGGUGUUGACCGCUGCGUUAUCGGCAGAAAGCGGUUUAAUACGAAUUCGAAACGGAGGUGUCCGCCCAAAAGAGUGUUUUGCCAGUGCAAUGAAAAAAAAUUUGAACGAAUAGGAUAACUGUGAAAAACUAUAAAUUGUGCGCACCUUUGACGAGCAGCAGCGGCAGCGGCAGCGACAACGCAUUCGACACGAAGCGCUUAACACUUGUUUAUGAUCAAAAUGGCACAGCAACGCACACCAGCUGCACUGGCAGCCAUCAACUAUUAUCAGAUAUGUCUCGCUUUAGUUAUUUCAAUCGUAUGGCUGACGCACGACGCAUGCGCACUACCCGCUGUGGGUGGCGUGAAUACGCUAGCGGGCAUACCGCGCUAUAGUGAACGUCAACAGGCCGAUAUGCAACAGAUAAUGCUGAAUGAGUUGCUCAACAAUGUUAACGAGGAUGUGCUCUACAAUGAACUGAAAAAAUAUCAACGUAAACAAUAUAACCAUCUGAGUAAGUGGCCGGCCUUACGGGGACCAUUGCUAAUGGCUGAUUAUGAUGAAAACUUCGCUGAUUCAAGUGAUGCUGAUGACAGUUCCGAGAUGGCAAAUAUCCGAUUUGUUGAACGUCUACGACAGCUGGCUGCUAAUUCGAUAGAUGGCAUAGACGAUGAGCGCGCCGAUAAUCACCCAUUUAUACCGACGGCUAUGCCACCGAAGAGGAAGCCUCAAUCAGCACCGGUUGCAUUCAAGGAUCAUGGCACCAAAAAGAAUAUACAAUAUAUGUCUCCUUGUCAUUUCAAAAUCUGCAACAUGGGACGCAAACGGAAUGCACGAUUCUUUGAGGACUAAGCUCAGACUUGUUGGGGUAUUUGCACAGAUAUGGUAUAGAAAAAUUAUUUUAGCGGCCAAUGCUACUUAAUACAUACAGACAUGUAUAGUUUAGCUACAUACGUACAUAUAUAUAUACAUGUAUGCAAUAUUUGCCCAUCGCUGGGCUAGGGAGUCGAACAAAAAAGUAUUUACGUGUAAUUUAGUUACAAUUUUACAUUAAGCAACAAAAAGCGGUUACUGGCAUAGCAGAACAGUACUGUACAGUAACAAAGAAACAAGUAUUUAUUACCCCUUAAUAUAUACAUAUGUACAUACAUACAUGUACAUGCAUACAUAUAUGUUCUAUGUAGUUUAGUUUUAUUUAAUUAUACACAAUACGAACACAUAUACAUACAUUUACACAAAUUUAUUGAAUUUAAAUUAGCGUGAAAUAUUAGCUAUAACUAUGGAAACUGGAAAAAUGUACAAUUGCAACAAAAUAAUCAGCUACCGAAUAUUUAUUCUAGAAAAUACUAUCAAUAUGCAUACAGAUGUACUUGACUAGAUGUUUGUUAAAUGAAAAAGCAGAAAGUACCAAAGCGUAAUAUAAUAAAUAUAAAAUCUAUAAAGCUCUGACGAAGCAAAUUCGCCUUGAAUAGAUUUAUUUUUUUUUCAACAUAAUUUUA